UUGUGCCUUCCUUCGGUGGGGCGCUUUGGCUGGUGUGCUGUGUGAAGCCUUAUCAGUCGAUCGUGUUGCAAUCGAGUUAGUUAUUGUUCCUGUUACGCUUUUUCGUCAGUCAGUGGUAUUAAUUUUAUGCUUGAUCGAAAUAGAGCAGGUUUUUUUUCGCUAGGCGGUAACCUAAAGCUGUGUGACAUUUCAAUCUAAUCGUCCGACACGAUUCAAUGAAUCCGAGUGUAAUUUCGUUCCCGAAUCAUCUAUCAUUUAUCAAACCUGGAUUAUUGUGGUUCGACCUGUCGUAUAAAUAUGUACCUGUGUAGAUUUAAUUUACCGAAAUUUUAUAACCAUGUGAUACCUAGCGCUGUUGGUUUGGCUGGUGCCGAAUUUGGACGGAAGUUUCGGGCAACGUGAUGAAUCGUUAGUGAAGUAUAGAACACGAUGUGAUGUGAUAACCAAACCAAGGGGAACCAAAAGCGCGGUCGCCAUUCAGUCGCAUUGGUGCUGCCUAGAGCGGAACGAAAUAUUAUAGGUGCAAUUCAUGAUGCAAUUGUGCAGUGCAGUGUAGUGUUAAUCUCGCUGUCCCACAUUUCCAGUCAGCUCGAAUCCAAUUGCCUAUUUCGUAAGCUAUAAAAGUUGAUGAUUGUUCGAUUGAAGAUGACAGUUAGUGGUGCUAGGUAGAGCUUGGUAGAAAAUCAGCGUCAUGAUUGUAGAGUUAGUGAAUCAUCCAACUCACCAAUGAUGCAGCCGUGUGUGGAAUAAGAAUCGACAAAGUGGCAAGAAAAAAAAAUUGAUGUAAAAAGUGCUGUUAACGUGUCUCGUGAACUGUGCUGCAAGUGGGAAUUGAAGUCAUAAAUAAAAGGUUGAACGAGUGAAGCAAGACACCAUCUACCGUUGGUUCGUUCGACCACCAGCAGCUGGAUCCGGGAAGCAAACAAACAUGAAUAGCAUGUAUCGAAAAGUCAGCCAGUUGGACGAUGGCGAUAAACACGACCUGAACGACGACAGCCAAAACAGCGUCAACUAUCGCAAUCAUCAUCGCCAACAUUAUCAUCAUCAGCCUCAGCAGCACCACAGCCAACCCCACCUCUACCAGCAACAGCAGCAGCAGCCUUUGCUAUUCCAGAACCAGCCGCCUCUGGCUGUUGCCGAUUCUACCGGUUCACUCGAUUUCGAUUACUACGAAGAUAUGGAUGAACGAGACAGCAUCUAUCUGGACGCUGUGUCCCUCAGUUCGGACGGCACACAACGCAAAUCGCUUUACCUUUCGCGACAAACCGUGUACCACUCGGCCGAGGAGCUCCCGCUGGACGCGACCACGGUGGUUGAUGGAUCCGAUAUGGUGAGAAGCAUUCAGGCAACCACUGAAGCCCUGCUGAAUGAUUCCCGCACUAACGGCGGACUUCCUAAUAUGCCAUACGAGACACCUCGGAGCAGUGCCGGACCCUCGUCGGUUAUUACCGGCGGCAUUCUGAAGAGGCCGGGCCUGACCACCAAGUACAACGAAGAGACAUGGAACCGCUUCCAGGAUGGCAACCGCGUGGUCGACUUCAUACUUGCCUUCAACGGGCAGAAUCAGAGCGAGGUGGCAGCCCGGAAGCGAGCUACCUUCCAGCAGAAUCUGAUUGCCGAAGGGUUGGAAAUCGAGCUGGAAACUUCCCAACGGAUCCAUUUCGUUAAGAUUCACGUACCGCGGGAGGUUGUGUCGCGCUACUGUGAGAUCAUGAAGAUGCGAAUGCCGAUCGUUAAGCUGAAAGAUCAGGAAAAUAUUAUCCCGAAGGAUUUCAGUUUAAGCAGUACGCUAGCACGGCUCUUCCGCCGGCCGCUGUUCAAGUUUGUCAUCAUUGAUCGGGACAAAUUCCAGAAAAAGGAAUACCAGCUACAGCACGAGUAUUGCCGAGAAAAGUCUUACCUGUUCGAUGACGGAGCACCAGAGUUCUUUACACCGAGCAUUCGGAUAGCGGUGGCACAUUUUAUCCUGGAACGUACAUAUUUUAGUGACAGCGAGGAGGAGAAAUUCGAUAUUGGCCUUCGCAAGUUGCUAAAUGAUGGUGUCUAUUUAGAUGCCUAUCCACUACACGACGGAAGUCCCGAUCUGCCAGAGCUUCAGUGCCAACGAACAUUACUUCUGCAAGAGUGGGCUUCAGUAGUGCGAUGGAUCAAACAUCAACCGCUAGACCACAUUAAAGAGUACUUUGGAGUGAAAAUAGCUAUGUAUUUUGCCUGGUUGGGAUUCUACACGCACAUGCUAAUAUCGGCUUCGGUUGUGGGUUUGAUUUGCUUCUUUUUUGGACUGUUAACCUUUCGCAACAAUCGGAUAAGUCAGGAAAUUUGCAAUGACAGUGGCACGAUAAUGUGCCCUCAGUGCGAUGCCAAGUGUGACUAUUGGUAUCUAAAUACGACCUGUACUACCUCGCAGUUGGCGUACAUUUUCGAUAAUAAUUUCACCAUCGCGUUCGCUGUGUUCAUGUCUAUUUGGGCCACACUCUAUCUGGAAAUGUGGAAACGCUACUCUUCUGCCAUCCAACACAGGUGGGGCGUCACGGAUUACUGCUCCCUCGCGGAACCACCUCGCCCACAAUAUUUAGCAAGACUGAAAAACAGCAAAAAGACCAUCUUUAAUAUUGUGACCGGUACCCAGGAACCAUCCCCGCCCUUCUGGUCCAAACGUUUCCCCAGUUUCCUGUAUAGCUACUCGGUUAUCUUCCUUUUUAUCGUUUUGGCAAUUGCCGCAGUCUUCGGAAUCGUAGUCUACCGGAUGUCUCUGAUGACGUCUCGCAAUAUCUAUGGCACUCCUGAUACGGUGUCCUCCAAAUUAGUCCUACUACCGGCAACAGCAGCCGUAAUCAAUCUGCUUGUUUCAACAGCUUUAAAUUACGCCUAUGAUUACGUAGCCGUGUAUAUGACCGACAUCGAAUAUCGGAGAACGCAGAGCGAAUACAACGAAAGCCUUACGCUGAAAAUCUAUCUCUUCCAGUUCAUUAACUAUUACAGCUCCAUUUUCUACAUUGCAUUCAUGAAGGGGAAAUUUCCCGGCUAUCCUGCCAAGUACAACCGGAUACUGACCCUCCGGCAGGAGGAGUGCAGUCCGGGAGGUUGCCUGAUGGAACUGUGCAUUCAGCUAGCGAUCAUCAUGAUUGGCAAACAGUUGAUUUCGCUGAUUUUGGAAAUUCUUUUGCCAUUCCUGCUGCAAAAGUUCCGCGAGUUUCGAAGCGUACUUGGAAUCGAAUCGGAAGAUUCGGAAAAUGGCGAAAAGCUGAUCUGCUGCAACCAGUGGACCAAAGAUUUUACCCUGAUCAGCUGGCAUGAUCGUAGUCUGUUUGAGGAGUACUUGAAAAUGAUUAUUCAGUAUGGAUUUAUAACAAUUUUUGUGGUAGCUUUUCCACUGGCGCCGCUAUUUGCAUUGCUGAAUAACGUUUUCGAAACGAGAUUGGACGCGAAAAAGUUUCUUCUGUACUACAAACGAGCUGUUCCGCAACGGGUACGAGACAUCGGAAUUUGGUACAAUGUUAUGCACGUUCUGGGCAAAAUUGCCGUCAUUUCUAGCGCAUUCAUAAUCGCAUUUUCGUCCAACUUUAUCCCACGGCUUGUUUACAUGUACGUUGUGAGCCAGAACAAAUCAGACGUAGGAUUCGUGAAUCACACGCUUGCCUACUUCAAUGUUAGUGACUUCGAACCGGGAGUCAGUCCGAUAGAGUCCAAGUUCGAAAAUGUAACGGAAUGUCGCUACCAGGAGUACCGUAACCCGCCCGGGGUGGAACGGGCCUACAAACGGCCGCUUAUCUACUGGCACAUCCUGGCCAUCCGGUUGGCGUUCGUCGUCAUCUACCAGAAUGUGGUGAGUUUCGUUCAGAUUGUGGUAGCGUGGGCCAUCCCGGACACUCCCGGUCGCCUUCAGGAUCAGAUCAAGCGCGAACAGUACUUGACGAAUGAGUUCAUCAUAAAGCGGGAGAAGCAACGGACGCAGGAGCGCAAAUGUGGUGGAGGUUUGCAGAGGAACGGAAAGUUAGCGCUCAGCAGACAGCAGAGCAGUCCUGGUGAGUAUAGAACGACUUCUAUUGGCUCGAUUGAGGAAGAGGAAAACGUGGACCCGUAUGCGAUGAGGCAGCGCCAUAGGCCUGCUAGUGACCCGGUGAGUGGACACGAGCGGUUUCAGGAGUGUGAGAUAGUCACUUCCAGGGUCUAAAUUUGACAGAUGGAUCAAAUUUUGUAUAGUUAGAUGAUAUCUAUGAUUAUUUAGGCAGCAACUCGAAAAACUAACCGUUCUGAUAUGCCUUUUUGGUGUUAUUUUUUCUAAUUGCAAAUAUUUGAUAUGAAGUGUGCAUUUGAUAUGCACUUUGACGUAAAAUUUUGAAAAUCCUAGCUAGCCUUAUGAAGAACCAAUGUUUCUCGAAAUGCUAGUUUCGAACAAACUUUUCCUACUUUACCGCACACAGUCAAACUGCAUGAACAAAACGAAACAUAGAUGGACGUAUAUUUGUUAAACUUUACAUUGACCAUUGAUCGGGCAUACAUUUUAAUGGCUAUUUAUUUCUAUCUAGACAAAACAAAGCAAAUAAAAUACGUUAAACUUUAGA